AUGGACGUCCUAAGCGUGGCAGGCUGGUGUCAGAGCGCAAAGGAGGCGAGCUAUGAAAGUGACCCACGCGACUGGCUCGCUCCGGCACAGCCUUCCACCACCUGCGACACACGUGACUCUUCGGCGGAUUACCUGGAACAUUCGCCCUACUCCAGCACCGGCUCAUUUCACGAGAGUGAUUCGCCGGGCUCCGCGGGUCAACUCAGCCCUCCAAGUUACCGAAAAGCGGGUAAGGGCUCUCUCAAAGUCCGGGACCUGUGCCGCCUGAAGGGCCUGAUGGUCACCGGGGCCGAGCAGGACGCUUCCGCCCGGCAGAGGGCACCGUCCAGCAAGCCCGCCAACGGCGUGCAGCGGCAAAGGCGCGUUGCCGCCAAUGCCCGGGAGCGACGGCGCAUGCAUGGCCUGAACCACGCCUUCGAUGCCCUCCGCAACGUCAUUCCGGCGCUGGACAAUGACAAGAAGCUGUCCAAGUACGAGACGCUGCAGAUGGCGCAGAUUUACAUCAACGCCCUUUCGGAACUCCUGCAAGAGCCGGCGUCUUCUUCUUCCACCUCCAGCCCACCACAGAGCGAUCAGAUGCCGUCACCUUCCGCUGGAUUCGAUGGCGGGGUUCCCCAGUCGCCCUCCCAGCCAAGGACCAAUUCUACCGAGGGUCAACUGGCCUCGCAUAUCGACGCCAUAUCGCUGCGUGCAGCCUUCGACGACGUCUCAUUCCCCACCUUACAAGUGGAAGAAGUCGUGGGCUCCCCUGCAGCGACGGGCCCUGGGGGACGCGCUGACUCACCCCGCAGCGACGGCGAGUUUUCCCCGCACUCCCAUUUUAGUGACUCAGAUGAUAUGAUAGUGGAGGAGGACGAGCUCCACGCGGUGUCUUUCUAA